AUUUCAAAUGCGCGUAAAUCGUGAUUAUAAUUAAGUAGUAUUUUUUAUACGUAGGAAAUUGAGUAAAAAUGGAUGCUAGACGUAAGAAAAAGAAAUAUAAGUGUCCAAAUCCAUUAUUUGAGCAAUGGCUUACCGAAUGGAAAGCUGAAGCUGCAGAGAAAGGACUGAAGACACAGUUUACUUAUGCAAAAGCCCUUUCCUCAUUGAGGAAGUACCCAUUGCCAUUAUCAUCUGGGAAAGAAGCAAAGAUUUUAGAAUAUUUUGGAGACAAAAUAUGCUCCAUGCUAGAUGCAAAACUUAAAGAAUGGAAGCAAGGUACACAACCCGCUUCACCUAAAAAAGGUACUCAAGGUAGUUUACAAUCUUCUCAGGAAUCUUCUUCAUCCAGUUCCACUUCUUUACCAGAUGUGCCAAGCAAACCAAAAGCAGCAACUAAAAACUCUGUUGAAGUGAAAGUUAUUAGCAAAGGUAGAGUUUUUCCAGCACCAAAAGCUGUAUGUGAGCGCUCAAGUACAGAAUCAUUGGAUGAUGGAAUUGAUGUAGCAGAUGAUACUUUUUUUCUCCUACCUGGAAGCUUUAGUGUUGUUCUGUGUGUUGACAAUUGUGAAACACUUUCAGGUCAAGGAAGAAAUAGGAAGUUGUUUCUUUCUGAACUUCAGAAAAGUGGUGUGGAGUUUGAAGUAAGAAAGCUUCAUGUUGGAGAUUUUUUAUGGGUAGCGCGAGAGCAUUCAAAUACACAGAGAGAAUUGGUAUUAGAUUUUAUCAUUGAAAGGAAAAGGCUGGAUGAUUUUGCUCACAGUAUCAAGGAUGGACGAUUCAGAGAACAAAAGUUUCGUAUGAGGAAUUCUGGUUUGAAGAAUCCUAUCUAUUUAGUUGAACAUUACAAUGUUAAAUAUUGCGGCCUACCGGAAGCUACAUUGGAGCAAGCUUUAGCAAACACGCAGAUAAUUGACGGCUUCCUAAUUAAGCGUACUCAAGGAGUUAAGGAAUCUGUUUCUUAUUUGUCGCUUAUGACAAAACUCAUUAAGAAUAAAUAUCAGAACCAGACUCUGAGAUCUGCAUCAAAAAACUUAUUAAAAAAGAAAAAUGUGCCAAAUGCCUUCAUAACUUUCACUGAAUUCAACUGUUCAUCCAUGAAAAAUAAGAGCCUUACUGUGAAAGAAAUGUUUGCGAAACAUUUAUUGCAAUUUUUUGGAUUAUCUGUUGAUAGAGCUGCUGCUAUAGUUGAGCAUUUUCCAACGCCUGCACUGUUUUUAGAAGCAUAUAAUAAUUGUGAAACAGAAGAAGAACAAAUUCAACUGGUAUCUUCUAUAAAGUUUGGCUCAUUUAAAAAAAACAUUGGUCCUGCCCUCAGUCGAGCUGUGCACCAAUUUUACACUUCUUCUGGCUCCUUCAGUUGAUAAUUCAUUUCUCGCUGUUGUAUCUUAUAUAUAUUGUACACAUCUCUCAUGUAUCAUAGUGUCAAAAAAUUACUCAUUGAGAAAUGUAUAGAUUCUUUAAUGGAUAUUAAAAUAAACUUUUUU